GGCUGACAGAGGAAGGGGCUGGCACGCCACCAUUACGCCUUUUUCACCAGCACAUCCGAGCCGCGCCGGCGCUGGGCCUUCACGGUACGGGUAAUUUUCCACUGGACUUUUGUUGUCUAGUCUAAACAGAAGCAAACCAUAAAAAACGCUCACUUUACAAGACAUCUGAAUCUUACUCGGGGUCAAACAGGGCCCCGGGCGAGAUUAAUAAAAACAAAUUGUCAUACUUCGUGUCGGUCGGGACUGCAGUAAGCAAGCGACACUGCGGGGAAGAUGGACAGCAACAACAUGGCGUGCAGUGAGUUAGAGGAUAAGAAACAGCCUUGGGACGCCGAGGAAAUAGAGGCUCUGGUUUCUCUCUGGGCAGAUGAGAGUGUGCAGGCAGAGCUGGAGUCAUCGGUGAGGAAUGAGAAAGUUUAUGCCAGGAUAUCUGCCGACUUGAAAGAAAUUGGCAUAAACCGCAGUCUCAAACAGUGCCGCGAAAAGGCGAAGAAACUAAAGCACGAGUACAAGACGAUGAAGAGACACAACGAGCAGGGUGGAGCGGCGGACCAGAAGAAAAGUAAAUAUUACCACCUGUUCGACUCGGUGCUGGGAAACAGACCGGCAAAGGUUGUGCCCGCCGCGUCAAACUCGCCGGCUCUCUCACUGGGAGAAGUGUUGGAUUCUCCGCAAGAAUCUGAGAAUGCAUCGUCUGUCAACAGCACUUCCAACGCACAACCUGGCCCCUCAUCAGCAACGCACGUGACAAGUCCCAGGACCACGCAGGGGAAAAAGCGAAAAAGGACAGAUGCGUCAAAUUCUGUCUCAGAAUUUGCAAAAUGCAUGCGAGAUUCCGAUGAAAGGUUCAUGGAUUUUCUGCGUCAAGAAAUGCGGGCCGACCGAGAGAUGAAAGAGAGGCAGAUGAAUUUAGACCGUGAACAGAGCAAACUGGAAGCAGAAGCAUCAGCAUCAUUAAACAGAGAUUUGGUGUCAUUUCUUGGACAAUUAGGGCAAGCACUAUUGCCAAGGAAUGCAAGAGAUUUUCCUUUGGAUUAAAGACAGACGUUUGUUAUGUCCAGAAAUAUAUUUGUCUCAAUGUAUAUUGUUGUUUUAUGUAAAGUUACAUUCUAUUGUAUAUUGUAUCAUAAGUUGUUUUUGUCAAUAAAAGGUUUAUUCAUUUCAAAACAAUUGGUGUUUAUUCAUUGGUUUAAUCAAUUAAAUUCCUUAAGUUAGUAAUCUGAGUUUAGCAUUGCUAACAUUGUGUCAUGCAAGUUAAUCCAUAUUACAAUAAUAACAUACUGAAAAACAUCCACAAACACGAAGAGCAUUAUUAAAAUGUAUACUGCCAAUGGGAUGUGAUACAAACCAUAUCGAACCAUCGAGAGCACAACUUGAGAGUGUUAAUGAGAAUACAAGAGGCAAAUGAGACCCUCAUUAGAAAUGGCAAUAGACGAGGUCAAUACAAGAUAAACAUUCAGCACUAUAAUAUUAAUUGCGUGUAUCUUCGUUCUUCAAGUAACCUUAAGAAACUCCAACGGUAGCAAAGGUCCUGCCAUCCUUGGUUCGAUUCACCUCCGCUACCUCCACUGCCUUCCCAGCAGGGUCAGCUACAAGUUGCCUCUGCCAUCGUACACGUCUCACUUGUCCACUCUAUCUUUCCUCGCUCCUGUCGUCCUGCACUACAACUCAGGACAGGUCGUAUCAGCAGAACAACUCACAACCUCCUCCUGCCAUCCUUGGUUCGAUUCACCUCCGCUACCUCCACUCCUUCCCAGCAGGGUCAGCUACAAGUUAUGUUGCCUCUGUCAUCGUACACGUCUCACUUGUCCACUCUAUCUUUCCUCGCUCCUGUCGUCCUGCGCUACAACUCAGGACAGGUCGUAUCAGCAGAACAACUCAACCUCCAUCCAUCUCCACCUCUCUACCAAGGACCAGGGUCCGUCAUUGCCGGGCGUCGCUUCUCCGUGGCAGUCCCCCUCCGUCUGGAACGCCAUCACCCCGCAUGCCACACAUUAGCAGCAUUCAAUCCACGCCGACUUUUAAGAGACACUUUAAGUGAAUAAGUACGGUAAUGAGUAAAUCUACACCGACUUUUAAGAGACACUUGAAGGUCACCGAUCUCUUAAUGGCCCCAACCUCUCACCUGAUUUUAAGGUGACACUGAACCUGGCGCCGUGCCUUGGACUAUUUAUGUCCAUGAAGUGCUGUGCGCGUUUCAAAUUACAUGGUUAUUAUAGUUAAAUAAGACGGGCAAAACACAUUUUAUUGUAUCAACGAUUAUAACAAAAACUCAGCAUGGACAAUACAAUGCUGCGUUCAGAUCGCGGUGGGAUGAAAAGGAAUUGGUAUAUUUGAACAUUUGGUCAGUGUUUUUUCCAUCUUAAUACAACGAAUAUUUACACCCAUUUCGUAUGAAGGGACACCAAUCCGUGUUUUAACACUCAGGUUAAAUGAAAGUGACAAGUUAUCUAACCUAUAAAUAAACAAUUCACCAACAUUAAAGCAAUGUAUCGCCUGGAGGCUUCGUGCAAUAUAUGUAACUCGGGCCAGGAAAGUCACAAAAGGAAUUGCACACGAACGACGCAUUCACGCAAGCACCCGAUGCUC